CUCUCUCACUAACUUCCUUCCUGUUCUAACUGCCAGUACUCAGAAGUCAGAGUUGAGAGGCAGCGGUACCAGACAGAGACGUGAAGCCUGAAUAAGGGUGUUUCUUUAAACCAAACUUCACGAUAAGAAAGUGCUAAAGAGAUUGCUGGAGCAGAAAAGGGGAAGUCAGAGCUGGGAGAGGUAGAGAGGAAUCAAGAUGACUGAGAAGGACGCACAGCCACAGCUGGAAGAGGGGGACGAUGACCUGGACAGCAAGCUCAAUUACAAGCCACCCCCUCAGAAGUCCCUGAAGGAGCUGCAGGAGAUGGAUAAAGAUGAUGAGAGUCUGACCAAGUACAAGAAAACGCUGCUGGGAGAUGUUCCUGUGAUAGCAGACCCAACAGUCCCCAAUGUGACUGUUACCCGGCUUAGCCUUGUUUGUGACAGUGCACCAGGACCAAUCACUAUGGACCUUACUGGUGACCUUGAAGCCCUCAAAAAGGAAACAUUUGUGUUAAAGGAAGGUAUUGAAUAUAGGGUCAAAAUUAACUUCAAAGUGAACAAGGAUAUUGUGUCUGGCCUGAAGUAUGUUCAGCACACAUAUCGGACUGGAAUGAAAGUGGACAAAGCUACAUUCAUGGUUGGCAGCUACGGCCCCCGACCAGAAGAGUAUGAGUUCCUCACUCCAGUAGAGGAGGCUCCCAAGGGCAUGCUGGCCCGAGGCACUUACCACAACAAGUCCUUCUUCACUGAUGAUGACAAGCAGGACCACCUCACCUGGGAAUGGAACCUGGCCAUUAAGAAGGACUGGACAGAAUGAGGCAUCUGUCUGUCCUUCCCUCCACUACUUCCCCUCCAGAAGAAUCCUUCCAGCCACAUUGAUUAUGUUCUCCCUCUCCCCUCCCUGUUCACAGCUGGAUCCAUUUUCUAUCAAACACACACAGUCUCCUCACUGAUGUGUUUUAUAUUACCCCAUCUCUUAAGGUGUUCUCUGCACAUGAGACUUAAAACCUAGGCUUUAACCCAGCUUGUUCCCUCAAACUUUCUCCCCCUCAGCAGGGCCAGAGUUCCAAAGUUCUCCAUCUCAUUUAGCAUCACUCUCUUUUCUUCCAAUUUGUGUACUGAAGACCAGAAAAUGGCAAGCUAUAUCAUUAAUGGCUCCCUUGCCUUCUGUUCAGAAAUUCAUCCUUGCCACUGGGUUCUUCCGGAUCAGUGAAUCCCACCAUCACCUUCCCUGCCAGUAGGGGCUCUUCUUUUGGGGGGAACACUGUAAACAAGACAAAAAGAAAAGAAUAAAAUAACUGUAUGUGUGACUGAG